AUGUAGAUACUUUUUCAAAUCAAAUCUUUAAUAAAUCAAAAAAAAAUUUUCAAAAAAUGCUUGAAAAUGAGUGUUAUUUGGUUAAUUCAAAAAGUUGUUAUUUUUCUGUCUUUGCAUCAAUAAUAAUUUAUUUACUUAAUUCUCUUUUAAUGGCUAAAAGUUUUUGAAGUUCUAUUUUCAGAUUAUCUAAUUGUGAUAUCAAAAAUAUUAAACUCAUAAGAUUGUUUUAAGUAAAAUCCAGAAAAUGUGUUUCUAAUUAAAAAUGAAAUAUUUUUAUUUAGGAAUCUUUAAAGUUUAUUAAGCAAUGAGAUAUAAGGUUUUAUUCUCUGUAUUAUUGAAAUUUCCUAAUUAUUACAUUAAACAGCAUUAAUGCUUUAAAAGGGUUCCUAUUCAUCCUUAUUGCUACUUUUCCAUUAUUUCCAAUAGCAUCUGCUCAAAUAACAGAUUUAUCAAGAUGAAAAUAUUUAUUUAAUGAAUCUAAAAUUUAAUUUAGGUCUACUAAAAAUCUAUGUUAUUAUUUUGUGA